UGAAAGCAGCAUCCAUUUGCUGCCCACAAUCGCUAAGUCUCAUUGUAUAAAAACCAAUAGUGUAACUUGUUGGGUGAGUUAAUGUGACUCGACUGUAGCUAGUAAAUGAGCUGCUCAUAAUUGAUUGUACAGUGUAAACAUUAACACCUUUAACUAUAUUUAUAUGAAAAAUAAUUGAUGUUCAGAAGUUUCUUCAUUAUAAUUGUUGUCAACAUGGAUACACUUUCAGAUGAUGGUUUCAUCUUUACACCGUCAACCUCAUGGCAGUAUCGAAAUAACAAAUUGACUGAAUCUUAUAGAACAAGAGUUUCUAACAGUACUGCUGCGUGGAUUAGGAAACAGUCCCCAUUGGAGCGCUUUUUUUAUGUUAUUGUUUUACUCGUUCUUGUUUGUCUCUUCAUUUUAAUCUAUUUCUCAUAUCUUCAUGUUAAUGAGGAUUCCAACCCGUUAGAGGCUGCUUUAAUUCAUGAUCAAAAUAUUACAAAUGAAUGGUAAGGUUUGUGGGAUUUGAUCACAAAAAAUGUGAUAUAUCAAACUAUCCUAAGCAAGGUGUAAAGAAAAUUACUACAACGAAUAUUUCUAUCGAAAAGUCAACUAUAAAGACAUCACUAUGUUCACUCAUAGGUUUAAAUCAUCUAGUGACCACAAAACCUCUAUUCAACAAUACAAGAGACUAUUAUUGGUUCAGACCAGAACCAAAAUUACCUGAAAAUGUCAACCACAAUAGCAACUUUGACUUAAAAGAUACGUUUUCUUUUCAAGAUUUGACGAAAAAUUGGUCCAUGGAAUGUGCUAUUAAAAAAGGUUCCUUUUGGUGUAAAAUCAAAUUUUUUUGGGAAUCAUGUUUAAAACAUGUCAAUGAAAAUUCAAUGGGCAGUUAUGAUAAGCUGCUACAAAAAUUGGAACUUAAAAAUGCUGUCAAUAAUUUGAAUAUUGAUAAAUUGCUAAAAGCUCUUGAAGAAAAUGGACAAUCAAACGGCCUUUACUAUUACAAACCAUUGUUUGUUUACCCUAACAAUGAGAAAAUAUUUCUUGUUGGAAGAGACAAUUAUCCUCAUUAUUCUGAAGAAUCAUUGCUAAACAACAAUUCCAAACUGUUUGCUUCAAAAUUGAACCGAUUGAUUUCGAGUAACAAUGUAACGCAUCAGGAGAUGAAUGAAAUUCUUGCAUUGGAUAAUAAAUUGACUAAAUUGAAAAGUCUGAGGAAACCCAAUUGCUCUGCUGAAAAUGAAUGUUAUCAAUAUGGCUAUUACCAGUUGCAUGAAUAUCGGAAUCAGUUUGAAAGAGCUAAUAAACCUGAUUAUAUUAUUGAAUAUCCAAAUGGUUACAUAAAAUACCUGCAGAAGCAUUUGCUUAAAUUUAAUCUUAAAUUUUAUUUUCUUUGGAUAAAUUACAAGACAAAUAUGGUUCAUAUCAAUUCCUCUAGUCUAAAGAGUUUCACUGAAUUUUUUGGAUCACCCAACGAUAAUAGUUUAACCUCAAGUUGCCGUGAUAUGCUUAAAUUACCCUUUGGAUUGGUUUUACUGAGAAGGAUGAUAGAAAUGAAUUCAAAUGAUAAAUUAAGUGAUUUAAAUUUAUCUUCUAUCAUCUUGAAUGAAAUAACGAAUUCAUUUGAUGUUUCACGGCUUGGUGGAUACAAAUUUAACAAUGGCAAACUUACUCAACUAAUUAGUAAAUUAAAAGAAAAUAUUAAACAUCUGAUAACCAAGGAAAGGAUUCAAUUUGAUGAAUAUUUAACCGCUCUUUAUGACCAGUUGGAGUUGACUGAUAACUAUUUCGACAAUGUACAAGCAAUUCGGAAAUGGCUCAGGAAAGGUUAUCGAGAAGGAUGUAUACUAAAUCUUGCUACGGUCUAACAAUUUGGUUUAUCUUAACCUGUUUUUGAUUUUCAAUCCUAAUUUUUUAUCAAAUUAAAUUAAUUAUUUUACAUUUU